GACAGAACCCAGAAUCGACAAACUGUAGCAAUGGCGGUAGUGUCUGUAUCGGCUUCGCCAUUCUCGUCCGUUCACCUUCUCCAGCAUCUACUCAGACACCCAAAGCCACCACCACCUCUUUCUUUGCUCUUCAGACCCACUUGCAGCUCUUCCAUUAAAAACACCACAACUCGACUCAAUUUUAAACCAUCCGCUAACAAAAUCGCUAAAUUUGCUUCUCCUCUAUUCUGUCAAUCUCUUUCUUCUUCCUUCAAUUCCCUCCCCCCUACUAAAUCCUCCCUCCAUUUCUUAUCUUCUCCAAACAAACAAGAGGUGGAGGAAGUGGAGAUUGAAGAGGAAGAAGAAGGAGAAGAAGACGAAGAUGAAGAUUUCCAGGUGGCGAAUAAUGUUGUUGAUAAUCUGCAAAUGUGUAACAGAAACAAUGGAGGAAGAGUGAUAAAGUUGCCGACUUUGACGGUGAAAGAGAAGAAAGAUCUGGCGUCUUAUGCGCACAGUUUGGGGAAAAAGCUCAAGUGCCAGCUCGUCGGAAAAUCAGGUGUCACGGAUACUGUUAUUUCGUCUUUCGAUGAAACUCUGGAGAAAAAUGAGCUUCUCAAGAUCAAAAUACACCGGACUUGCCCGGGUGAGUUAGAGGAUGUGGUGAAGAAUUUGGAGGAAGAGACAGGUUCUGUAGUAGUUGGUCAAAUUGGUAGGACUGUGAUUGUGUACAGACCCAGUAUCACCAAAUUGAAGGCGGAAGAGAAAAAGAAACAGGCUGCCAGAGUUUUCAUGAGAAAACAAUCAAGAUUCAGACCUGCAUCAUCAGCAAGGAACCCGGAGAAAAUUGAGAAGAGAGGCCAAACAACAAGAUUAUAUGGACGAGGACGGAGAGGAGCCAGCAGAGUCUGAAUUCUUUCCGGGAAUCUUUGCUAUGAAGUGUUGAAAGGAGCUUCGAGGAUUGAAGUAACAUAUUUCUUUUGCUGUACUCAACUAUCGGCCUUGUCCCGGAUGACCUCUAAAGUAUAUAUUCAUCUGCUGGGCUUCGAUAAGGCAUUAUGUCUGGCUGCAGAAAAUUAAGUUGUUGCAUUUAGGCAUGGCAAGUUUGAUUGAGUAGGUGAAAGCUAAAGGGGCUGUUUGUGUAGUAUUGGCUUGCUUUGAAACAGAAAAUAAUAGUUAGGAUUAGAUGCCAAUCUAUAGAUGUUCUUUUGGUUGAAAUAUUUACCCAAAACCCUAAUUCCCCUUCUGUAAUCUUUUGAGUGAAAAUCUUGAAUCAAGUGAACUUAUUUUUGCAA